AUGACUGCCGUCGCGAGCCCGCCCAGCUUCCAGCAACUCAAUCGACCGGGAUGGAAUGUUAAUGGCGGCCAAAGUCUGAAUUCGAUGAACCCAGAAGACGUCAGAGGCAUGUUCGCUGCGCCUCGGAAGACGCUGCAGCGGAGCAACUCUUCCUCCUCGGUCUCAUCUACCUCCUCCAACUCGUCUACUACCACUGUUGCCACCAAUGGCUCGCAAUCAAAUGGCACCCCGGCGUCCACAAACUCUGACAUGAGCUGGUCCAGCACCGCCUCGAGAAAGCGACCACAACCCAAAGGACCAUGGCCGCCAGGCAAGCCAGAAGGUCAAGCCGAGUUCGGCAGACCUAUCAUGCGAAACGCCAUCAACGGCAUCAAUGGCGGUUCGUCGCUGCAGACGGCUCCAGGCCAACCGCAAAUGAUGUCGCAGCAGGGACUCGGGGCAAGGCCCAUGGGCGACCCGAUGCCUAGCGGGCAGCCUGUGCUCUACCUCUUGUCGCUCAAUGGUACCUUUGAACGCAAAACCAUCUCGGUACCAUUCUACCCAGAAAGCCUCCGCAUCGGUCGCCAAACCAAUCAGAAGACGAUCCCGACUGCCACCAACGGCUACUUUGAUAGUAAAGUGCUAUCAAGGCAGCAUGCUGAGAUAUGGGCAGAUCGCACCGGCAAGAUAUACAUCCGCGACGUCAAAUCGUCCAACGGAACCUUUGUCAACGGCACGCGUCUCUCCCAGGAGAAUCGCGAAUCCGAACCGCACGAGCUACAGACGGGAGAUCAUUUAGAGUUGGGAAUCGACAUUGUGAGCGAGGAUCAGAAGACCGUCGUCCACCACAAGGUUGCCGCCAAGGUUGAACACGCCGGCUUCAUGAGCCCCUCAAGUAACGUUAUGGACAUGAAUUUUGGCGAUUUGGACCCCGCAAAUGGUGGCAUGAUGAUGCCAGCACCGAGCCCAAUGCCCUACCGUGGCAGGACUGGUAGUAAUGCAUCGAUGGCCAGCAAUGGCCGCAUGAUGGCACCCCAGAAUAUGGCCGGCAUGGCCCCUAAUGGUGGAGCAGCCCGUGGAUUCUUGUUAACGCCCAUUACCACGGAGCAUAUCGUCAAGAGACUUCACAACGAGAUGCGCAAUGCUCGAUUGCAGUCUCAAGACCUCUCCCGGACGGGCCAAUUCGUUCACGCUCUCUUGAGCAAAGACGAUGUAAAGGAUCUCGAGAAGCCGGAAGCCCCCGAGCCUCCGAAGCAGCUUCCCAAUGGCAACGCUCUACCCUUCCGUACCGAUGCGAAGACCAGAUUUUCCGAUCCUCCUGCCCCGCCUCCGCAGCAGCCGCUGCCUGAGAAGCCCGAUGUGCCUUCACUGAAACGAGGCACCACUGAGCGACCAAAGACUAAUAGCACCACCUCGCCCGUUGGACGGGACAACUUGCAUCAGAUCAUUCAGUUGACCGAAGCUUUGAAUAAUGCAAAGAAGGAGAUGGAUACCCAAACGGCCCGUAUUAAGGAUUUGGAAGACAUGCUCCGAAAAGAACGGGAGGCACGCGAGCUUGCCGAGGAUAUGGCAAAGAUCCUUGAGGACAGUGCCUUGAAGGAAACCAAUGGCGCGCCCAAGGAACACGAUACCGAGAUUCUCGAGGAGGCUUUUGAGCCGCCCCGCGAUACCGUCGACACCCAGGAUAUCGAGAUGACAGAUGCCGAACCGCUCUCCGAGGAGCCUGCUCCAGAGACCGCCGAGGAUAUUGCUGCACGUUUCCAGGUCAAGCUUGACACAAUGAUGUCAGAAGUGACGGACCUGAAACAACAGAUGGAGGCAUGGAAGAGCAGAUGCGAGAAGGCUGAGACGGAGCGCGACGCCGAUCGUCAAACUUUGGCCGAGAUGGUUGCCCAGAUUCGCAGAGACGAGGAGGCUAGGCAAAACGCUGCUGCUGCGGAGAAGAAUCGUUCUCUUUCCCCAGGACGACGCGGCCGGAGCGAAGGACCUGCCGACAAGACAACUUCAGUUGUUCAGGCCAAUGGAUCCGGUGACUCGACGUCAGCUUCUACCCAGGCAGAGUCACCCGUGGACGACUUUGGUGACAAGCCCACGUUGUCACGAGCCAACACCAUUACGCCACUUUCCAUACCUCCAGGCAAGCUGGCAAAGGACCAGGCCAUGAUGGCCGGGGUUCCCUAUGCUUCCAUGCUUGGCGUGGUAAUCCUUGGCAUGGGUCUCAUGGCUUACAUUAACGGCUGGCAACCCGAGCCGACUCCCCGUCAUUGA